AUGACAUUCAUCGCAAAGACCUUCUACGACCUGAGGGCCACCUCACUGGAGGGAGACUCAGUGGACUUCAAUGUGUUCAGGGGCCGGGUGGUCCUCAUAGAGAAUGUGGCCUCACUCUGAGGCACCACCACCCGGGACUUCAGCGAGCUCAACCAGCUGCAGAGCAAGUACCCCCAUCGGCUGGUGGUCCUGGGUUUUCCCUGUAAUCAGUUUGGAUACCAGGAGAACUGCAACAAUGGUGAGAUCCUAAACUCACUGCAGCAUGUGCGUCCAGGUGGCGGCUUUAAACCCAACUUCACCAUCUUUGAGAAGUGUGAUGUCAAUGGAACAAACACACAUCCAGUCUUUGCCUAUCUGAAAGACAAACUUCCCUAUCCUGAUGACGACCCCAAUUCCCUCAUGCAGGAUCCCAAGUUUCUGGUUUGGAGCCCCAUUAACAGGACGGACAUCUCCUGGAACUUUGAGAAGUUCCUCAUCGGGCCGGAGGGAGAGCCUUUUAAAAGAUACAGCAAGAAGUUCCCCACCAUUGACAUAGAACCUGACAUUCAAAGACUGUUAAAAUUAACCAAAGCCUAAGAAUAGCCUCCUCCUAAUGGCAUUUCAUCCAUAACUGUCAGAGCUGACAAGCUGCCCUCCAUACUUUUAAGCCUUAAUAAAUGAGGGUGAUAUUCUGAAAAGCUGAGCGGGUAUCAUCUGAGACCCUAUAAGUCCUUAAAAGUAGUGGAUGAAUAUGUUUUUUGUGUGUGUUUUUCAAAUUGUGUUCUAAGAAAAAGCAAAAAAAUGUAUAGAAUAUGAUCAUGAAGGAUGCUGAUCUUGUUUCUUGUCCUGCGCUAGUGAUGCCAGCAGAUGGUGCUAGUCAUUUAAGUGUUCAAACGUAACUUCAGUCAUGCUUUUAUGAAUUAAAAUUCAGAACACACACACAAAUGUUAGUACUGAAA